CGCAUCACCCCGGUUAGGAGAACUGAACAUGACCGACAGCAGUAAUCGCCUCUCAGCUGUGACUUCCACUGCAGUGGGGGCAAAGCCGGAGGAAAGAUCCGGGUGGUCCAAGUAUCAGCUGUUAGACUUGCCCUGGGAGGACGUCCUCGUGACACAUGUGCUAUGCUACUUGCCUUUACGACACCUGCUCAGCCUACAGCGAGUGAGCAAAAGCUUCCGCUCUCUCGUUCAGGUUUAUCUGGCCAGCUGCCGCUCAUUCAGCCCUGCACAGACAGGUCCUUACAUUCCUAAAGAAGCUUUUUGUUCCAUGCUCUGUGAUAAUAGAGUCCUCCAGAGCCUCUCUGUACAUGGCUGCUGCGACUGGAUCACUGAUGAGGAACUGCUUCCUGUGAUUGGGCAGAACCAGCAGCUGCAGCGUGUGGACCUGCAUGGUUGUGUCCACCUCACUCGGCAUGCUCUGGUGGCUGUGGCUCUGAGCUGUCCCCGCCUGCAGCACCUGGGCCUGGCGCACUGCGAGUGGGUGGAUAACCUGGUGCUGCGCAGUGUGGCGGAUCACUGCACUCAGCUGCGGACGCUGGAUCUCACCGCCUGCAGGCAGCUGAGAGACGAGGCUGUGUGUUAUGGGGCAACGCGCUGGCCCACACUGCGCUCGCUCUCUGUGGCCAUCAAUGCCAACAUCACAGACAUGACAAUAGAGGAGGUGGCCAAGUGCUGCAGGGAGCUCGAACAUCUCGACCUGACCGGCUGUAUGAAGAUUCGCAAUGAGGCCAUCAGGACCGUGGCUGAAUACUGCACUAAACUGCAGUCUCUGAAGGUGAAUCACUGUCACAACAUUAAUGAGUCCAGUCUGUGUGUGCUGCGACGGCGGAAUGUAGACAUCGAUGUGGAACCUCCUCUCCAGAGGGCGCUGGUGCUGCUACAGAACGUGGUGGGCUUUGCUCCCUUCAUCAACCUACAGAUAUAACAGCACACGAACACCUGGGUCCAUGUGUAUCACACAUCUCAGAACAAGUGUGCUGAUCCGCAGUCAGCUGUUUCUCAGUGAACAUCACACUCAUUAGUCAGGUGUGUUUUUCUGAGAGGUGUGGUACAGAUGACCCCAAAAACCAGCCUAGCUGAAAUCAGGUGAGUGAUGAGUACCCCAUCUACUGUAUUCAACUACGUGUUUGAAAAGACAGGAUUAAAAAAAAAACACAACAUUUUACUUUGUUAGUUCAUGUUCCUGGUCUUGUUUUGCAACACUCAUUUCCAAUAAAAUUCAUACACUAUUAGAGUAAAAAAUGUUUUAUAUAGUUCUUUGCUUCUUAAAGAGAUUCUGCAUGAAACUCUCUCUCUCUCUCUCUCUCUCUCUCUGAUAAGAAAAGUCCGUUAUAGGAUUCAACAUAGAACUUUUUCCCCAGAGAAACAAACUGAAACAUUUGAUGAUUAUUAUUCUUCACUGGAAAGUUGCAAAAUCAUACAAAAAUCCAGGAUUUCUUGCUUGACUUGGAAAAAAAUGAUUUCGAAUUCACGCAAUUUUUAAUUCCCUUUGACAAAAAAGGUUAAUUCGGGCCGCCGAGUGGUGCAGCCGAAAAGCUUUCAUCAUCAUCAGGAGAUCACAAGUUUGAUUCUUGUUAAUGCCAAUGCCAUGUGCUCUGAGUGGGCAUGAUGAGGCAUUGGCAUGAGUGUCGGUCACAGUGACUCUAGCCAGUCUUGGGUGUGUGUGAGAUUAUGUAUGCAGAAAAGAGCAGAUAUGGCUUUCAGUCUGAGUGUGUUAGAUGUAUUACUCUGCGUGUGUGAGACAACCUAUGACGCAGCAUGAGCAGCAGUUUGAAAAGAUGCCGUAGGCUGGCUUUAUGUGUCUCGGAGGAAGCACGAGUUAGCCUUCAACCUUCCCAAGUGGUAGCUGUCAUGUAACAGGGAAGCGUUAGUUGGUGGGUGGAGAUUGGUAGGUGAGAAAAUUUGGGGAGAACAUGUGGAAAAAUCACAAGUCAAAAACACGAUCUGAGAGAGGUCUUUAGGGAGUAAGGAAUUCCUGACUGCAACCACAAUUCCAAAAAAGUUGGGGCAGUGCAUAAAACAUGGAUUAAAAACAGAAUGUGAAGCUUUGCAAAUCAUGGAAACCCUAUAAAAGUUAAAUAAAAUAAAAAGUUGUGUGAUGCUUAAAAAAAAAAAACCACUAACUAGGUUAAUUGGCAACAGGUCAGUGACCAUGAUUGGGUAUAAAAAAAAGAACAUCCCAAAGAGGCGGAGUCUCUCAGAAGUAAAGAUGGGGGGGUUCACCACUCUGUGAAAGACUACAUGGGCAAACAGUGCAACAAUUUAAGAAUAACGUUCCUCAAUAUAAAAUUGCAAAGAAUUUGGGGAUCGCAUCAUCUGUGGUCCAUAAUAUUGAAAGAUUCAGAGACUCUGGAGAAAUCUCUGUAGGCAAGAGACAAGGCUGAAAACUGACGCUGGAUGCUUGUGAUCUUCAGGCCCUCAGAAGACACUGCAUUAAAAGCAGACACGUGUCUGUAGUGGAAAUCACUGUAUGGGCUCAGGAACUCAUCAGAAAACCAUCAUCUGUGAAAACAUUUCAUUACUGCAUCCACAAAUGCAAGUUAAAACCAGAUAUAAACAAUAUCCAGAAACACCGUCACCUUCUCUGGGCCCGAGCUCUUUUAUGAUGGACUGAGGUGAAGUGGAAAAUUGUCCCGAGGUCUGACGAAUCAAAAGUAGAAAAAAAAUUUUUUUAAGAAGUCAUGGACACCACAUCCUCCAGGCUAAAGAGGAGAGGGACUAUCCGGCAUGUCACAGUUCAAAAGCAGCAUCUGUGAUGGUAUGAGGGGUCAUUAGUGCACAUGACAUGGGGAGCUUGUACAUCUGGGAAGGCAUCAUUAAUGCUGAAUGAUAUAAACACAUUUCAGAGCAAUAUGCUGCCAUCCAGACAAAAUCUUUUUCAGUGAAGGCCUUCCUUCUUUCAGCAAGACAAUGCCAAACCGCUUUCUGUACAUGUUAAAACUGCAUGGCUCCGUAGUAAAAGAGUCCAGGGGCUAAACUGGCCUGCCUGCAGUCCAGACUUGUCUCCCACUGAAAACAUGGCGCAUUAUGAAAAAAAAAAAAAGACAAAGGAGACCCCGAACUGUUGAGCAACUGAAGUUGUAUAUCAGGCAAGAAUGGGACAACAUUUCUCUUUCAAAUCUACAGCAGUUGGUCUCCUCAGUUCCCAAACAUUUACAGAGUGUUGUUAAAAGUAGAGGUGAUGCAACACAGUGGUAAACAUGCCCCAUCUCAACUAUUUUGAAAUGUGUUGCUGACAUCAAAUUCAAAAUGAGCAUAUGUUUUUCAAAAAAAAUUUUUUUUCUUAGUUUCAACAUUUGAUAUGUUGUCUUUGUACCAUUUUCAGUGAAAUAUAGGGUUUCCGUGAUUUGCAAAUUAUCGCAUUCUAUUUUUAUUUACAGUUUACGCAGCGUCCCAACUUUUUUGGAAUCGGGGUUGUAUAUUGUAUUGUAGGGGCUGCUAGAAAAACAUUAUGUGCCAAGUGCGACUAACUUGCAAUUGCUUUCUAAUUAAUUCAUUCUAAAGCUGAACACAAUUUGAAAGAAAUGUUUAAUUCGUAUUAAGGAGGUUAAUCUACUCGUACUUGUAAGUAACACAGGAAUGUUGUACAGUGGUGCUUGAAAGUUUG